UAUUCUAGCAUUCAGCAAACCCACGGGUGGUUUUGGUGCUGAAACUAAGUGGGUCCGCCAUGAUCGAGACCAAGAUGUCGUCGGCGCUCGUCGACAGCAGCAUGCUGUACUUCCUGACCUUUGUUACGGUUUUCUUAGCAGUGUACACCUACGGCCGGAAGUACAUGCGUAUGCUGCAAGUGUCAUCCAAAAUCCCCGGACCCGAUUUUAAGGAUACUCUGAGGACCAGCUUGAAAACCUUCACAGCUGAACCAUUCGAAUUUUAUAAAUAUGCUAUUGAGUUCCAAAGUAAUUUCCAGGACAUUGCUAAAGUAUGGUUUGGGCCUAAGUUGCUUAUCUUUUUGUAUCAUCCAGCGGAUAUUGAGCUAAUCUUAAGCAGUAAUGUCCAUAUUGAUAAGAGUGCUGAAUAUUCCGUCUUCAAACCAUGGUUUGGUAAUGGUCUCCUUAUCAGUACUGGAGCAAAAUGGAAGCAUCAUAGAAAAAUGAUUGCGCCAACUUUCCAUCAAAGCAUCCUGAAGACUUUCGUCCCCAAAUUCUACGAAAACAGUUUAAAGGUCUGCGAGAAAAUGAAGCGCGAAAAGGGAAAGAACUUUGAUUGCCAUGACUACAUGAGUGGUACAACUGUUGACAUUCUUUUGGAGACUGCUAUGGGUUACAAUGCUCCUCGCACUGAGGAAACUGGCUACAACUAUGCUAUGGCUGUUAUGAAGCUUUGCGACAUCCUCCACAGACGUCAUUACAAAGUUUGGCUCAGACCUGAUUACUUCUUCAAGAAGACAGUCAUGGCCUUAGAACAUACCAAACUCCUCAAGGUCAUCACCGGUCUCACCACCAAAGUAGUACACAACAAAAAGAAGGAAGUCUUGAAGAAGGGCGUUGAAGCAAUUGAAAACUCUUUCGAAAAAGUUGAACCAGUUGUCGUUGAAAAAUCAGAGACCAUUUCUGGUUACAACUAUGGUACUGCAGUAAGAGAUGAUCUUGAUGACAAUGAUGAGAAUGACAUUGGAGAGAAGAAACGUCUCGCAUUUUUGGAACAACUCACUGUAAAUUCCCAACGUCCUGAUGUUGACUUUACCGAAGAAGAAGUCUUAGAUCAAGUUAAUACUAUCAUGUUUGAAGGCCAUGACACCACAGCAGCUGGAUCCAGUUUUGCUUUGUGCAUGAUGGGCAUUCACCAGGACAUUCAAAACAAAGUUCGACAGGAAGUCGAUGAGAUCUUCCAAGGUUCCGACAGGGAAUGCACGUUUGCAGACACUUUGGAGAUGAAAUACUUGGAGAGGGUUAUCAUGGAAACUUUGAGGAUGUACCCACCAGUACCUUUGAUUGCUAGACAGUUACAGGAAGAAGUUGAAUUACGUUCUGGAAAAUAUUCUCUACCAGUUGGUGCAACAGUGGUUGUGGUCCAAGCUGUGCUCCACCGCAGGCCUGAUGUCUUCCCUAACCCUGAUGUCUUCAACCCGGAUAAUUUCCUUCCAGAAAAAUGUCAAGACCGUCAUUACUACAGCUAUAUUCCAUUCAGUGCUGGACCACGUUCCUGCGUGGGUCGUAAAUUUGCCAUGUUGAAACUCAAGGUUCUUCUAUCCACUAUCUUUAGGAAGUACCGUGUUCACUGCGACAUGAAAGAGGAAGACUUCAAGCUGCAAGCUGAUAUUAUCCUGAAAAUCGCUGAUGGUUUCAACAUCAGGUUGGAACCUCGCACGGAUAUUCCAUGCUGCUAAACACAUUCAAUCCAGAUGAUUACUCCACACCUGCUAUGACAAUGACUUCUUAAUUUUAUCCAUAAAAUUAUUUCACUCAAAAUUUAUACUAGUCUCAACAAAUGAUUACUUUUAGUAUUUAUUAGCGUGAUGUUAUAUUUUGUAAAAAAAUUCUGUUGAGAUUUUAUGUAAAUAUGUUUCGCUUACUUUGAAUUUGAAUAACGAGCAUAAUUUUUUUCUGCAUUUCGCAUGGGGAAUUAAAUAAACAACAUGUGACAGAAAGCAAACAA